CCGACCUUUGUGACGUAGGACAAUGCCUGCCACGCGUCCGAAUUCCUUCCAGCUCCUAGAGCCAGCGCACACGCCAUAGGGCUUACUUACACUGGGGCUGGGGGAGUCCUGCUUUGGGAACCAUGCAUUUCCUAUUCAGACUGGCAGUUUUCCUUAGCCUGUGGGGCUGUCCCAACGCUCAGGGACAAACGAAAGAAGAGAUCACAGAGGAAGUGAAAAUUGAAGUUUUGCAUCGUCCAGAAAACUGCUCCAAAACAAGCAGGAAAGGAGACUUGCUCAACGCUCAUUAUGACGGUUACUUGGCUAAAGAUGGCUCCAAAUUCUACUGCAGCCGGACACAAGGUGAAGGCCAUCCCAAAUGGUUCGUUCUUGGAGUUGGACAAGUCAUAAAAGGUCUGGACAUUGCUAUGAUGGACAUGUGCCCUGGAGAGAAGAGAAAGGUGAUUAUACCUCCUUCAUUUGCAUAUGGAAAAGAAGGCUAUGCAGAGCGCAAGAUUCCACCCAACGCAACUCUGAUGUUUGAAAUUGAACUUUAUGCUGUCACCAAAGGGCCACGGAGCAUUGAAACAUUUAAGCAAAUAGACACGGACAACGACCGGCAGCUCUCCAAGGCCGAGGAAAGAAUCACUUUUCUGCAAGUUGUAGUUAUGUUUUUCUUUAUGAGAAGAUAUUUGUUUCCUUCAAUAAACAUAAUUUUGGUGGAGUGACGUGAAGCCGUUAAGUAUGCAUUAGCUGGAGUUGUGGUGACAGUAUGCCUAGCACGCUUGGAGACCCAGAUUCAGUCCGAGCACUGUGCAACCUGGGCGUGGUAGCAGACACCUCCAGCCGCAGCACUCAGAGGUGGAGGCAGAAAAUGAGGCGUUCGCCAUCACCCUGGACGAUAUGAGACUUAUUUAAAAGAAAAGAAAGGAAAAGUACACAUUAUUGUAAAUGAACACGUGAACCUAAAAACUUUAUCUUUUAAAUAAUAAAUACGAAUCAUUACCAAUUACCCAUGCAGUGUUCUGUACCCAUAGGAUUGCUUUACACCUUUGAGUGAAUCUAAUAGUGAAUAGCAUUAUUCAUAAAAUAUAUUUACUAUUGUUUUAAUAAAAGAGUCAAUUGUUUAGUUGUUAGUAUAUGAAAACAAUGCUUAGCGAGUAGAUGAAAAACAUACAUGAAAAACCAUGGUGUCCUGUACCUGUAAGCCGCCUAUUCCUGAGCUUGAGGUAGGCUGAAUCACUUGAACCCAGGAUUUUGGGAGUAGCUUUGGUAACGUAGCAAGGCCCUACCUUCCCCCCAAAAAGAAAUUUGAGAACAAAGUACAUUAAAUCCAUUAACCAUUUCCAAAAACAUAACCGCCCUGUUUCCCUUAACUUUAAAGUAAUAGCACCCAUUUUACAAAGCAAACUCAGUAGGCAGAGUGACAGCCCAUUACCACUGUCAGUUACACUGUUAGCUGUGCACAGGGCCCCAUGCUGAGCUUCAUGGUUUUGAUACCACAUGUUUAAUCUGAUACCACAAUUAAACAUUUAGGAAUAUAUUAAAUUAUUAACACUUUUUUUCCCUCUCCUUACCAAACCUAGGGCGCAAAAGGGCCCAAAAGCAACCAUUUGUGCCUGUUUGUUAUCUUCAACUGUUGAAUUAAAAAGUGAUUAAAUAUAAAAUUUGCAUUUAGAAAAAUAUAGAUCACAUAAAAAGCUACUUAAAAGGGUACACUGGUUCCCAAGCGAUUGUGAAGAAAUGGACAAACCUGUCAAAGAGCGCUUCUCCUUGAAUUUUGUAAUUAAGCUUUGUUUUGUAUAAGCAAUGCUAUUAAUCCUCAUAAAGUCUACGAGAAAGACA